CCGUAUAUAUGACUGGUCCGCUUACGGGUUACUAUAUAGCUUGCGGAGCCCUUUAUUUUGGCUAUAUAGACGAUUGCUUUGAGGCCUAUUAUAAGAAGGGUAACGUAAUAUUUCCUCUAAUUCACAAGCCUCUUCUAUACCUUUCUUAUCUCUUUACGGGUAAUAAUCUGCUCUACCGGGCCUUCCGGACGAAUAUCCGGAUAUAUAAUUAUACUUUUGCCUUUAUAUUAAUUAGCUAUAAGAAGGAUACCUGGAUUGACUUCUCUUAUAGGAUCCAGUACUUUUAG